UCAGAACGCGACACCGGCGGCCGACACGCUUCUCCAAAUCCUCCAAGUACUAGCCUAGUAGUCGACUAAUCAGUACUACUCAAUGUCACAAUCAGAACCCUCCUUCUUUGAACGCGAGCGCGAUAGACUAUCCUUAGACAUCACAGCAGGCUUCGAAGACCUUCUCUCAUCCAGCAACGUACUCAAUCGGAAGCUCGAAGAAGUGAUAGGCAUGACCCGUGAAUACGAAACCAUUGCUUCCCUCUGGCAAAGCUUCCACGAGUUGAUGCGUGGACAACGAGACGAAGUGCUCGAAGAUAGAACGACCGUGCCCGGCACAGGCGCCCACGUCGUGUCUACAAACUCCAAACGAUAGCACCGAGCAGCUAAAGAGGGAAA